AUGGAAUCGACCAUCAGAUCGAGCUUUCGGGCGGCCUCUUCGCUGAGCGCACGCCGACAAUGGCAAAGGAUUCCAUACGUUUGUGGCCGAUGCCAACUACAUACCACUCCUUCGCCAGGCGCCACGCCGGUUGCGCAUCCCACUGUACCCGGUCCGCCACCGAAUGCUCCACAACCCGCCGCGACACAGCCAGAAGAAAGAUUGGCACGAAAGCGCGCACUUGCAGACCACAUCCGGCAAGGACAGGAUGCCAAGAUUAAUGCUGCGAAGCCUGGCUCAGUUCUGCAGAGACGCUUCUGGAAGAAUGUCCAUGUGAAGGAGGAUGAUGAUGGCGGGUUACAGAUUCUGUUGGAUACGCGUCCUGUGCGGACAUCUGGAAGACAGAUCCUAACUUUGCCAUACCGCAAGCGUGCCCUCGCAUCGGCAAUUGCACUGGAAUGGGAGAUGCUGAUUUCCGCGGCGCAAGCAUUGAAACAGCACUACAUCCCCCUAACGUCGCUCACGUCUCGCGCUAUCGACAUUCAGGAGGCAGACAUGAAAGGCGAUCCUUCACUUCGUGAACACGUGGUGAAGAUGGCUUUGCGCUACCUCAGCACCGAUACGCUGCUAUGUUGGGCGCCGGAGAAGAAUAUCCAUGAGCAGUUUUCCAUGAACAAGGCGCCUCAGAAGAACUUGCGCCAACAACAGAAGGAGGCAGCUGAACCAAUCAUCGCUUUCCUCACAACACACGUCUUUCCCGGCGUGGACAUCGUACCUGUGCUAGGCGAGGAUAGUAUCAUGCCUACGCCACAGCCCGAGAUGACAGUGGAGGUGAUCCGUGGCUGGAUAUCAGGCCUUGCACCCUUUGAGCUGGCCGCACUGGAAAGAGGGAUACUGGCAACCAAGAGCUUGCUGAUUGCUACACGAUUGCUUGUGGAGUGGAGUCAGGAGUGGGAGCAUUUGCAGAAAGUGGAGAAGCCAGCUUUCGGUAUUGAUGAGGCUAUCGAAGUUGCCACGCUUGAGGUUGUACAUCAGACCCAGCAGUGGGGAGAGGUUGAAGACACACAUGAUGUGGAAAAGGAGGACUUGAGGCGACAGCUCGGCAGUGCGAUAUUGCUGGUCAGCUAG